AUGCCGUUCGAACUUGCGGCCAGCAGCAGCAGCGGGUCCAACCAAAGUCCAAAGAGCUACCCAGUUAUCAACGUCCGGCCAGUGCAUGCUGCUCGUGCCUCUGUAAAUCGCCGUCGCGUUCUUUUACGGGCGGCCGAGGUACAGGAUGCCCCUGCCGAAGCUGCUGACGCUCCGACUCUCUCUCCCCUUGAUCGGGCAAAGAAGGCUCUGGAGGAUGGCUCGCUGGAUAAGGAGGUUCUGAGUGGCUGCCUAGCUGAAUUGGAGUUGGAGAUGGAGCGUAUGCGGGCGGAAGCUUCGGCCACCAUGGAGCGGGCAUCGGCUUUAGAGGCGAGCGCGAACAGUGCCAAAGACCAAUACGUGCGGCUGACGGCGGACUUUGAGAACUUCCGUCGGCGCACGAGAGAGGAGAACGCCCAGCUAACGGACAAUGUUCGUGGGGACGUCAUUAAGGAGCUGCUGCCCAUUGUGGAUAACUUCGAACUGGCACGGACCCAGGUGAAGGCGGAGACGGAGGGCGAGGCGAAGAUCAAUAACUCGUACCAGGGUCUGUACAAGCAAAUGGUGGACAUGAUGCGCUCCCUCGGGGUGGAGGCGGUGCCCACCACGGGCACGGCCUUCGACCCCAACAUCCACGACGCCAUCAUGCGGGAGCCCUCCAACUCGCACCCGGACGGUACCGUGUUGCAGGAGUUCCGGAAGGGCUUCAGCAUUGGAGGCAAGCUGCUGCGACCAGCCAUGGUCAAGGUAUCGUACACGGAGGAAGGGCCAGCGAAUAGCUCGGAAGAGUGAUGUCUCAGUGACUAUAUAUUAGAUGUGUGCAGGAGAUUUAUGAGGACAGUGGUUGUAGAAUAAGAGGUUGGGUGGAUUUGUUUCAGGUCUGUGUCGAAGAAGUGAAGCGUGUGUGCAAACCGGAUUGACAAUGUAUUCAUGAAUACUGGGGUGGCUGAGUAAUAUAUGUAAAGCAAUUGUGUUAC